AGAUAAAUAUACAAAAAGUAUUUACAAAUAAGUAAAUAAGUGGAAACUGAAGUGCGGCGAAGUUGCCGAAAUCGAAAGCAGUCGAAAAACAAUUGCAGUGCAGCAAUAUGGAAGCGAAGAUUCUCAUCAUCCUGCUAAUUGCCAUUAACUGUUACUCCAGCUGCGGUGCAGCAUUACGUCGCACACCAAAAGUCUACAACGCACUUAUUACGACCGAUGAGAAUCUGACUUCAAGCCGCGCCUAUCCCGUCAUACAGCCCACCAUACAUGAGAGUGGCCUAGCGCAUUACCCCUUCGGCCCGUAUAAUCCCUAUGGCUUUUACACGCCACCGCUAGUGCGUUUCGGUCAACCAAUCGUGCCGGGUUUGGCUCCAAAUCAACAGUUUCCUUAUCCAUUGCCACAACAACGCUUUCCACCGCAAUUCAUGCAUCUAGCGCCCCCAAAUAGUGGACCGCAGCUUGUGCCGACACCCAAUGCGGCUGCGCAGCAGCCCCCUCCGCAAGAUGGCUCGCCAGUGGAAAGCACACCACCCACCGCGCCACCACCAACUGAAGAGCAACAACCGGUUCAGCCGCCUACUUUGCCACCACCUCCAAAAAAUCCUACUUACAUGCCACCACUUGAGCCGAUUCCUCCCAAACAGGCGCCUCAUGAAAAACUACCAAUUCCUUUAAACGAAUUUGGUCUACCACCAUCGCUUAUACCCUUGCAACAGUAUCCAAAUCGCAGCCCCAAUGGACCAGUGGCAUUGCCACCGUACGCUUUCAAUCAGUAUCCGCUUAUCUAUGAUCCCAUCACCGGUUAUCGUGAGCAAUAUCUACCACCCUACGAAUAUUUCCCCAGUCACCAUCAACAUUUUGCAUUAGGCGGCGGUCCACCAGCCGCCCCCAAGCCAUUAGUACCGACACCACCAACGGCAGAGGCCAGUGUACCGGCACCGACACCAGCAUCGUUACCACCACCACCAAACCAACCGCCACCGCCAGCUUCGGACGAAGAAAUAGCGGCGAGUGAACCACAGCCCCAGCCUGAAGAUCCGCCACAGUUGCCGCCUGCUGUCGGUUUCGAUAGCAUAAAGAAUGCGUCGAAGAACAAGAACAGCGCUGUGCCUGAUGUGCCGCCACCGCCAAUUCCAUCAGGCGCCAAGACGCAGCAAUCUUAAUGCGCCCGCAUUAUGUAGAAGUUUUGAAGUAAUUUUUACUUGGCUUAAAGUUC